AUGGAUUUGAGAAAUUUAUCUUCCACCCCUAAUCAGUUGGACUCGGUCAUUCAGCGCAGACCUUCGUUGUCGUCGUUGUCGUCGGCCUCUGGCUACGACUCUUCCACUUAUGGGAACACUGGGCCAUCAGCUAAUGUGAUUCCAUCGUCGCAGCCCGGAGCUUCUACACCGCAGAUGGGCCAGCUGAGAUUGGCACCAGGUCUGAAUAGACUCUACGCCGGCAUGCUGAACAAUUCCAGCAGCUCCAACCUCGUUUCGUCCACCAUUCCCCCCACGGCAGUAUCCACGGAUGUUGGCCCAUGGGUCGAGGAACAAAAGCAACAGCAGUCUUUGACUGUGACUUCAUUGGAUAACGGCAAAAAGGAUUUGUCGGUGAUGGUUCCCGGCUCCGUGAAGGUGCCGCAAUCGCCCACCAACUCAAUGACCGCCAACAUCAGCACUGUCACAGUCAACACAUCGGCCAACAUCGAUGACGAUGACGAACUAAUCCCCACUGCCAUUGUAAUCAAAAACAUUCCUUUCGCCAUCAAGAAGGAGCAGUUGUUAGAUGUAAUGACCAAGCUCAACUUGCCAUUGCCCUACGCCUUCAACUACCACUUCGACAACGGUGUAUUCCGAGGUUUGGCAUUUGCAAACUUCACACUGACCGAGGAAACGUCCAUGGUAGUCAACCAUUUGAACGGCCGUGAAAUCGGCGGCAGAAAGUUGCGGGUGGAAUAUAAAAAGAUGUUGCCUUUGCAAGAGAGAGAACGCAUCGAGAGAGAAAAGAGAGAGAAACGCGGCCAGUUGGAGGAGCAACAUCGCUCAGCUUCCAAUGCCUCUUUGGCCUCGCUCAUGUCGGCCGCCUCCACAACUGCUGCUACAAAAAACUUAAGUGUCAAUGGUCAGCUGUUCAACACUCAAACUGAACGCUUAUUUGUUCAGUUUCCACCUUCCAGCGUUAACAUGCCCCCAGUGGACUUGAACUUCAAUGACCCUGAGGUUCUUGAAUUAUACUCGCAGUUGCUCACCUAUAGGGAUGAUAAUUCCAAGUUGAUUUUCGAGUUGGCCUUCUCUCCAACGUUGCCGUUGAACCAGAGAAAGGUGCUCUCGUUACUUUGUUCGUUCUUGAACUUGUUGGAACUCUACGAUAACGGCUUCAUCAUUAUUCGCAGAAAACCUGGCCAGCAGACUAUCCAGCAAAGGCAACAACAAAGCGCAACUUUUAAUCCUCACUCGCAUCCACAGCAAGCUGCUCCAAACCAACAAUCUCUGCAGCAUCUGCAACAGCUGCUGCAACAACAACACCAGCACCAGCACCAGCAGCAACAGCAACAGCAACAACAGUCGGCCGUCCAGAAUGGAGUGCAGCCACUGCACUCUUCGUCUAUGAUGAAUUUGAACCAGUUGCCAGCUUUGCUUGGAAACUACCCAGCCAACAUCCAGCAAACUGUGCCACAUGCUCCAGAAUUGUUGAGAUCUCACUCUCAGUCAGCGUUGCCUUUGCCUCGCCUUAGACAGCAGACUUCUACGCCAGUACAGCAGCUGUACUCUCAGUAUCAACCACCUUCCUCGCAGCAGCCAAAACAGCAGGUACCUCUGAACAGCAAGUACCAAAGCUAUGGCAUGUAUGGAUCUGCUUCGACAUCUGGUGGAGGGCAGCUGCUGUCCCAGAUGGGUACACCAGCAUCAAGUGCUGCAGCCUUGUUGAGAUCCUCCAAUAAUAGAUCUUUUGUGGAUGUAAGAUCGAACAACGCAUUUCCAGUGAAUGCAUCUGUAUCAGGAUCGCCAACUCCACAGCACUCGAAUAUUCAGUCCUCUAAUCUCUAUCAGCAGCAGGGGCUGGCAUACUUCCAGGGCGGACACAUCAGUCAGCCAGGUACGCCUUUGGGAAAUAACGAGUUGAAUAACCGUUUUGCGCCGUUUGGCCAGCAUGCUCACCUCACAGGCAGUUUGACUUCUUUGCAGCCAACGUCAGCUGCCAGUGAAGAGUUCCCCAUUAAUGAGCCAUUGUCUUCAAAGUUCAGUGCAUUGAACAUGACGAAUGGCUACGACCAGCAAAAGGCCGGGGGAAUCUGGGGCGCCAAGAAAUAA